AUGUACGACAGACCCCAUCGUGGAGGACACCGCAGAAGAAACAGAGACGACCGUGACCACCACAGACAUGAAGUACACGAGACUCCUGAGCAAAUCCUAAGGAAACACAUCCUCAACUUCGGCGAGGUGGAUCCGACUGAGGAAGUACCUCGUCUUGCAAAGGAAAUUCGGGACUUUACACCCGUCUCCAUUCCACUGCUUUCCGAAGCGCUUCGGACAGGCGUUACGGAACAGCCGUACAAGACCCCCUACUAUGCCGCUAUACUGCGUGUGCUUUAUGACCCCACCGAAGGAGAGGAUGCUGCCGCCUCUGGAAGCAGCUCACUUGGCAAGCAAAUACUAGAGGAUUUCUGGAAAGGCUUCCAAGCCUACCUGGACAAGCUAGCAUGGAGAGAAAUCAGGCUCUGCAUACAUUUCUUCGCUCACUUGAUGGUCGCACAAAUAAUAUCAAUCGAGUCUAUGACCUCGCUUCUCCAGUCCUUUGCAGCGGUCUUGGACGAGUUUGGGGUAUCAUACACGCGAGGCAAGAACGCGGCUGUGUGUGCAGCUGAAGGGCUGAUGAUUACGGGUGGCGUCUUCAAGAAGAGCUCUGUAAACAACCUCUCUGAAAUCAUAUCCACCAUUCAAACAUACAAUGAAUCUAUAUCUACCUCCAAGGUCCUCGUGCAACCUCUAGCUGUUCUCCACUCGGAAUCCAUCCUCGUUGAGGGCGCAGAUGAGUACCUUGAUACCGCUAUUACAGUGCUUAAGGCGCUUGAUUCAGGAGAAAAUCCUGAAACAACUCCCGAAUUCCCGCAACCGUACCUCGCCUUCCCCGAUAUUGACCCUGCCGUCUCAUCACCUUUUGAACUACCCUCUAUCCUUGUCCCACCCGAGGUCAUUGAACUCGACGGUUUAGCUACCGACGCUGGCGAAGACGCUCAGGUCAAAAAGGAUGACUGGCCUGAGUACUUCUUGCACAUCUUCGACAAUACUGUGUCCCCAGACCCGUUAACCAUCGAAGGCUUCUUGCUUCGCUCAAACAUCCUUGACAUAUCCAAACUUUUCGAGGUUAACCGCAAAGAGUGUGCUCGUCUCCUCUUGGAGUACCCGAAAUGGUGCAUUCCGGGCACUUUCAAGCCUCGACCUGGUGCACCGGAGCUGGAGGACGAUGGAACAGCUAAAAAUUGGCAACUUGAGAGUACAGUCAUCGAGACAAUACUAGGCGCUCUGUUCCUCUUGCCAGAAGCCUCUUACAAAUCUAUCUACUACGUGUCUCUCAUCACCGAGUUAUGCAAACUUUCACCCUCGACUGUAGGCCCUGCUGUAGGCAAGUCUAUCCGCAAACUUUACAAUACCAUCGCAGAUGGGUUGGAUGUGGACAUCUCGCGGCGAUUUGCGGACUGGUUCGCUGUGCACAUGAGUAACUUCGGCUUCCAAUGGGUAUGGAAAGAAUGGGUGCCAGAUCUAGCGUUGACCGACCAGCACCCUAGACGUGCCUUUAUCAGGCGUGCUAUUGAAUACGAGAUUCGACUAUCCUAUCACGACCGUAUCUUGAAGACACUCCCAGAAGCAAUGCAGACAGACUCUACAGUCAUUGCGGACCAGGGGCCUGGACCCGAGUUCAAUUAUGAAGACCCUGCCAACCCUCACUACGAUGCCGCCCAGUCUAUCAUUGGUCUUCUUCGUGGACGGUCCAAAGCCGACGAAGUCAUCGCUCACCUCGAUUCGCUCAAGAACACCAUGGAUGAUUCUUCAGGCUACCCCGACUCAGUCGUGCGGUCACUAGCGACCCAGUGUCUUCUCUCGAUCGGCUCGCGCUCAUUCUCGCAUUUGCUCAACGCCAUUGAGCGGUACCUUCCACUUCUCCGUGGGCUUGCAGGGGCUGCGACGUCCUCGGCCCCCCAGCCGCCUGGUUCUGGCAGCGUGGAGGCGAAACGCGAUAUCCUCAAUGCUGCGUCGGCGUUUUGGCAAAGGAGCCCGCAAAUGGUGAACAUCGUGCUCGACAAGUUGAUGCAGUACCAGAUCGUGGACCCAUCCGAUGUCGUGCAAUGGGUGUUCGCGCGCGAGGAUCAAAAGCAAUACAUUUCGGGGUCCGCUUGGGACUUGCUUCGCGGUGCGAUUGAUAAGGCCAACGGACGUGUUGCGAUUGCGCGUCGCAAAGUCGCUGCACUGAGGAAGGAGGAGGAUGACAGCCGAGCUCGCGCUAAGGCUACCGAUGUUGGGUCGAUGGAUGUGGAUGCCGACGCUGCUGCUGCUAAAGCAGAUGAACCUGCCGCGGACAGCCCACAGUUGACAACGGCACUCAAGGCCUUCACCAUCCUAACGCGAGAGCAGAAGUAUGCGCUCACGUACACUAUUGAAGGGUUCGUUGCCUGCCUCGCUGCGGGUGACGCCGCUGCACGCUCGCAAAAAAUCCUUGGCGAAUCCGCUUGGGAGAAUCGUGGAUCAUGGGGUAAUGAAGAGUGGAAUACCUGGGAGACAUGGGGCUGGUAUCGCCACUUCUGCAGGACAUAUGCCCCCUACCUUAGGAACUACUCAACGACACUGGGUACGGUUGGCCUUCAGAAGAUUGAUGACUCGACGGACCCGGCUGCAGAACUCGCAAAGAAGGUCUGGAACAUUGCCACUGGGCAAAUCUAGGAUUCGUGGGGUGUGGUAAUAGAUAUUGGAGUACUUUAAUAAACUCGAUGUAUAGUGCAAAAAGUGGACGUGUUAGCGUGUGGAUGGUAUACAGCAACAUGCAUGAAGAUGACUACUCCGUCUUCGUCUUCUCUUCUGGUUUGGGUGUGACGCUCUUUCCGCCAAGAGAAUACCCAAUUGUUCCAACGAACACUAGUGCUGCGCCAAUGUACAUGUCCCAUCCCUGGCCACCAUAUGCCAUCACGCUAAAUAACAAGGACAGUGCCUUUCGUACGGUCAAGAUGAGGGUUACUGUAAGUGAUGAGACGCGCCCAGUCAUGCGGUUGACGCCAAGCACACAGAGUAACUGGGUAAUUGUGUUGAGCACAAGGUAUAGGGCAGUCCCUGACAUCGACACAGGCUCCACAAUCUGGUAGUAUUUAGGGGGUAGUUGAGCGAAAACGGGCGCAGGUGGGCCAGCCAUGAUGUCGUCAAGUGCAUUCAAGAUUUUUGCCUUGGAGAAGUAGAAGAGCGGAAGGCCGAAUGAGUGGAGGUAGAACAUGUUUUCCUGCCAUGUCGUCGCGCUGUCAAGUUUGCCCUUGCGGACUAGGGGCGCUGUGUACUGCUGAUAAACCCAGUCCUGAAGGAGGCCAAGGAAGCCGGAAAGGACAAGGGCAACGGAAAGGAUGAUGAUGCCAGUUGUAUACAGUGACGGGUCGAUAUCGGUGAUGCUCUCUGAUUUCUUACGCGGGUCAGCAGCAGCAUAAGUGGACAUAAUAAUUCCGGCGGUCACGAUCGAUACGGAAAGGACCUGGGUAAGAGAGUAUCGUUUCUUGGCGAACAUGUAGCCAAGGAGCAUAUUAAUGACCAUGCCACCGCUACGGAAGAUGAUGUGAACGGACAUGGGGAUGUGAUACCCGAAUGCGAUGUUGUUGAGGAUGGAUAGGACCCAGAAGAGCGCGACUUGCAUCAUGUAUGGAGUGAGUGGCACACGGCGGGUCUUUAGACGAGGGAACCAGUAGCGCUUGCCUGGCUUGGGCGUCUUACUGUCUUUGUCGUCGCAAGCAUGUCCGUUCGUGUGUCCGUUGGCACGCCCGUUGGCAUAUGUAUGCGAUGUUAAAUUAGAAUCUGAUUCCUCAAAUGUGAUCUGAGAGGGCAGUCCGUAUAGAGACACAGCAAGAAACUGGAAGAAGGUGAUGAGCGUGCCCGAGUGAGGGAACUGCUUGGUGAGGCGUUCCAUGGUGAUUGCAUUGCUGCAGCAACCUCCGAAGACCAGCGAGAGUGUAGUGACCCAGUCGGAAAUAGACAACAUGCUCCCUCAAGCCCAGCAAAGUAGACGCUGGCAUGAAACUGGCGGUCUUAAGUAGUUGAACACGUCGCUGCCUUGUACAGCUAACAGCUACAGGCCGCCACC